ACUACAAGUUGGUCGACACUCACUCGCCAGCAGUCUGGCGGCUCAAGUGUUUAGUCUCUCUCAUUGCGGAGUAGACUAGUGACUGCGAGGCGGGGAGAGGACCGCGGCUUAUCGGAAUACAUAUUUCCAUUCUUCUAUCGUUUAUUUCGAGAAAUGAAAGUUAUACAGUAAGCUUGAAGACGUAACUAGCCCAAGAUGACGGUGGAUUUUGAAGAAUGUGUCAAAGAUUCACCCAGGUUCAGGGCAAACAUCGAUGAAGUGGAGACCGAAGUUGUAGAAAUUGAAGCAAAAUUAGACAAGUUGGUGAAGCUAUGCAGUGGGAUGAUCGAGGCAGGGAAGGCGUAUGUCAGCGCCAACAAGCUCUUUGUGAACGGGAUCCGGGACCUGUCCCAACAGUGCAAGAAGGAUGAGAUGAUCUCGGAGUGCCUGGAAAAGUGUGGGGAGAGCCUCCAGGAAAUUGUGAACUACCACAUGAUACUAUUCGAUCAAGCUCAAAGGUCUGUCAAGCAACAGUUGCACAACUUUGUGAAAGAGGAUGUGCGUAAAUUCAAGGAGACCAAGAAGCACUUUGACCGUGUGCGUGAGGACAUGGAGAUUGCCCAGGUGAAGAACGCCCAGGCGCCCAGGAACAAGCCCCACGAGGUGGAGGAGGCCACCAGCACCCUCAGCAUCACCCGCAAGUGCUUCCGUCACCUGGCCCUGGACUACGUCCUUCAGAUCAAUGUCCUGCAAGCCAAGAAGAAAUUUGAAAUCCUAGAUGCUAUGCUGUCGUUCAUGCACGCCCAGCACUCCCUCUUCCAGCAGGGCUACAACCUACUGGAUGAGAUUGACCCCUACAUGAAGAAGCUGGCUGCCGAGUUGGAUCAGCUGGUGAUCGAUUCAGCCAUGGAGAAGAGGGACAUGGAGCAUAAGCAUGCCACCAUACAGCAGAGGACCCUCAUGCAGGACUUCUCCUACGACGACUCCAAGGCGGAGUUCAACGUGGACGCGCCCAAUGGUGUGGUGAUGGAGGGUUACCUGUUCAAGAGGGCCAGCAAUGCCUUCAAGACCUGGAACAGGAGGUGGUUCUCCAUACAGAACAGUCAACUGGUCUAUCAGAAGAAGCUGAAGGACUCUCUGACGGUGGUGGUGGAGGACCUGCGUCUGUGUUCAGUCAAGCCCUGUGAGGACAUUGAGAGGAGGUUCUGUUUCGAGGUUGUCUCCCCCACCAAGAGCUGUAUGCUGCAGGCGGAGUCUGAGAAGCUGAGGUCGUCCUGGAUCCAGGCUGUGCAGGCCAGCAUCGCCUCAGCGUACAGGGAGAGUCCAGACACCUACUACAUCGAGCGCCUCGACAGGACAGCCUCCCCGUCCACCAGCAGCAUCGACUCGGCCAGCGAGCCGCGGGAGCGCAGCGUCCGAGGGGAGAGCGUCCUGCAGCGCAUCCAGUGUCUCCCCGGCAACGAGCAGUGCUGCGACUGCGGCCAGGCUGAGCCUCGCUGGGCCUCCAUCAACCUGGGCAUCCUGCUGUGCAUCGAGUGCUCCGGCAUACACAGGAGUCUUGGGGUUCACUGUUCCAAGGUGCGUUCUCUCACGCUGGACUCCUGGGAACCUGAGUUGCUAAAGUUGAUGUGCGAGCUUGGAAACAGUGUCAUCAACCACAUCUAUGAGGGGUCCUACCAGGAGCAGGGCCUGAAGAAGCCUGGGCCCUCCAGCUCCAGGCAGGAGAAGGAGGCGUGGAUCAAGGCCAAGUACGUUGAGAAGAAGUUCCUGAAGAAGCUGGGCGUCACAGAGAUCCUGGUGAACGGUGAGAGGAAGUCCGAGCGGCGCUGGAGCGUGAAGAAGUGCCGGAGACACAACAGCGCCACCACAGUGCCCAAGACAAGGAGGAGAUACCGGCACGAGCCGGGCAGUGCCUCGCCUGCCACCCUCUCCUCAGCGGCUGCUGCCCUAGAGAGGAAGUUCCGUCGAGACUCUUUGUUCUGUCCGGACGAGCUGGACUCUCUCUUCUCCUACUUUGACACGGGAUCUGGGCCUCGUAGUCCUGCAGGUCUGAGCAGUGACAGCGGCCUGGGAGGCAGCACAGAUGGCAGCACUGACAUCCUGGUGUUUGGCUCCGUGGUGAACAGUGUCACCGAGGAGGAGUGUGAGGUGUCAGAGGACUCCAGCGGGGAGGCGGAGCUGGAGGCGGAGCCAGAGCCGGAGACGUCGGACCCCGAGGACGUGCGGGAGCUGCAUCCUGGCGCUCUGCUGUACAAGGCCUCCAAGGCGCGGAACCUGCCCAUCAUGGCGGAGGCGCUGGCCCACGGGGCCGACGUCAACUCUGUCAAUGAGGAGGACGAGGGCAAGACGCCGCUCAUCCAGGCGGUGAUAGGGGGCUCGCUGAUCGCCUGUGAGUUCCUGCUUCAGAACGCUGCCGACGUCAACCAAAGAGACUUGAGGGGCAGGGGACCACUCCACCACGCCACGUAUCUGGGACACACAGGGCAGGUGUGUCUAUUCCUGAAGAGAGGAGCCACUCAGAAUGACGGGGAUGAGGACGGCCAGGACCCCCUGAGCAUCGCUGUGCAGGCCGCCAACGCUGACAUCGUCACCCUGUUGCGUCUGGCCAGGAUGAACGAGGAGAUGAGAGAGUCGGAGGGACCCUUCGGCCAGCCAGGAGACGCCACCUAUCUGGAUAUCUUUCGGGAGUUCUCUCACAUGGCGUCCCACAACCCAGAGAAGCUGAAGCGCAGAAGCGUGCAUUUCCGACACUCCUUCAGGUAGUCCACUGACAGCUGCUGAAGUCACGCUUGAAAAGUGCAACAGUCACUUUCCAUACAAAACUAGAGAUUAGAUUCUUUGACUCUUAAAUGUGAACCACUACACCAUUCUGUCAGAUUGACCAAUCAUGGUGGCUGGCAGUGCCAUCAUGUCCAACUCUAAAUUCCACUCCUCCUUACCAAUGCUAAAACAACGUGCCACUAAGCACUGUGAUACAAUUCUAUAAUGGAUCCAUGUUGAAUGAAAGAGAUACUGUACCACUACAUCACCACUCGCUAUGGAUCUAAAACGUUGCUUUCCUCAUCAGAUGCUAAACUCUAAUACAGAAAUGGUAGAAUUCAAAACCUUCAGAAACCGAGACUCAUUACUUCAUGAUCAUCUGAAUGUUUAGAUUGAGAAUGUAUGAUCGUGUCAGCAUUUCGUUUGAUAAUGUACGUAUGCUGUUUGUUGCAAACUUCAAACACCCAUAUGCUGUUAGUAGAGGAACAACGUAUAUUUUGAUACCAUGUUUGUAAUGUUUAUUACUUUGAGAGGAUUUGCUGGCUUUGUCCUCUACUGUUCAAUUCAAAUGUUCUAGUUGAAUAUACCAACGUAAACUUUUUAUAGUUUAAAAGCACUUAACCAUUUGCUUAUUCUUUGUGAUUUAUGUAUUUGAAUCAAAAUGUUUGCCUUUCUCAUUUUGUGCUCAGAACAGCUUGAUUAUUUGGUUCAUAUUUACGGCUUAUUAGGUAUUGCCUCAUACACCAUAUCACAUAGAUUCAAAAUGUCAGAUUGUAACCAUCUGUAUGUUUAAUGCAUGCUUUGUUCCAUUCAUAUUCCAAACAUAAACUUGAAUUAAACAGUGAGGCCUUUACACAAAAGCCUGCUUGCAGCUCACUUGAGGCCCCAUGGACAGAACGAAUGGGGAUUGUAAUGGAUGAGAUCAUCUCCAUGUUGCCAUAGAAAUGUGGUAGUGACCUCAGUAUUAUUUUUCCUGUGUUUCUUUGAAUGAUUUAAAAGAUAAUGUGUUGUUGACUAUGCUGGUCUAGUCGGAUAUUGUGUUUAUAGGUAAUCUGAAUGUCAUGAUAUGCAGCGCCACUAUGAAUUCCAAUGCAUCAAAAUGCUAAUAUAUCUUGAAGGAUUGGAUGGAAAUGAAGAGAUGUUUGCCUCAUGUGGGUAAAAAUAAAAUAGGUCUUUGUUAAA